AGUUUCGCACCGGGCACACUUCUCGCUUGCCGUACGCGCGGUGAAGCCUGGGUAGGACAGUGAAAGCGGCGGGAGAGCGACUCGUACAUCUAAAAUAGAAUCUACUAAUUUAAUGUUGACCGUUCACUGAUCGAGUUAUGUGCGUUUAGUCGCGUAAUUAAGCCGUGCCUUUGGAGAACACAAAGGCGUUUAGCAGUGAAUAUCUUGGACUUUGAAACGCUUGUGUCGUUGUGGUUUCUUUUGAGCGGUCCCGGGGAAACGGUUUUGAACGUCUGUUUUUGGUUAGCCCGUUAUAGCACUUCAGCAACAAUGGCGAAGGUACAGGUGUUGAAUGUGGCUGUCCUAGACAACCCGAGCCCCUUUGGUAACCCUUUUCAGUUCGAAAUAACCUUUGAGUGUAUGGAGGACCUCCCCGAAGACCUUGAAUGGAAGAUCAUCUAUGUGGGCUCGGCAGAGAGUGAAGAGUAUGACCAAGUUCUAGACUCAGUCUUGGUUGGUCCAGUACCAGCUGGGAGACAUAUGUUUGUGUUUCAGGCUGAUGCCCCAAACACUGGAUUGAUCCCUGAAAGUGAUGCUGUUGGUGUAACCGUAGUGCUCAUUACCUGCACAUACCGUAACCAGGAGUUCAUACGCAUUGGUUACUACGUGAAUAAUGAAUACACAGAACCAGAGCUUCGGGAAAACCCACCAAUCAAGCCAGACUACACACAGCUCCAGAGAAAUAUUCUGGCAUCAAAUCCACGUGUUACCAGAUUCCAUAUAAACUGGGAAGGCUGUGCAGAGCGAAUGGAAGACUCUGAAAAUGUUGAUCCCAGUUCAAACUCCAUGCUUCCUCCAUCCUGUCUCCCAGGCAAGGCCCCACCCCUGGGGCUACUACCAGAUAACUCUAUGGACUGCUUAUAAAGAACAACCCCACCCAAAAGGUGAUAACUCAAAGCACCAGACCCUAUUUUAGAUGAAUGCCUGUGGACAUUCUAGUGUGGAAGUACAGACCGACAUCUUUGCCUUACAGCUGCCUUCAUGUAAUGGAAGCUUGUCAAAACAACCCCUCGCAUUGGGCUUAAGAUCAGUUUGUUCCAAGGAAGAUCAUGAACAUCUCACAUGUAUAAACCACACUUGCAGACAGGGAGUUUCUUGCCUUGAUGUUAAAUGCAAUACUGAAGUUUUUAAGCUCUUAGAAGGGAACAUGUUACGAUUAAAUGUUACAGCAGAAUACAACAUAAAGCUGAUGAAAGCAUACCUUCCGUUCCUCUGUUGAAAUUACACAUUUAAGAGGAUUUCAGCAAUGAAGCAGUGAGCAAAUAAACGUCAAUAUGUUGCUGUAAAGGAAUUUAAAAACCUGCUGUUAUAGGUGUUCUAAUUUCUGUUGCACUUAAGUCUUUUCACACUUAGAUUUUGGAGCCUAGCUUUAUAUUAGCUAUAUUAUAUCCCUCUGUUUUUUCGUUUUGAUUUUACUUUUCAAGUUUAUGUUAUAAUAAAAAAACUUGUAUUUGUAAUGA